AUUAACAAAUCAAGAAAACAGAGUCCACAACUCCAAUCCAGCAUAAUAGCAUAUGCUUGGGCAGUAGAGCUUUGGAGUGAGAAAGUAAAUUGAAGGAUGUUGCAGAAACCAAAGCACGCGAUCGGGAUAGUGGUACUACAAUUACUUGUGUUGCAGUUUUUAGUUUUCUUCACAGCUGAUGCAGAUUACAUACCACCUUCAAGAUUGACCGGGUUCCCGUACAAGAAUCGGUCCUUCGAUUUCGACACGAUUUUGAUCGAAGCGUUCUAUGAUCCAUUGUGUCCAGACAGCAGGGAUUCGUGGCCCCCACUCAAACAAGCUCUCCAACACUACGGUUCUCGAGUUUCACUUGUCGUUCACCUCCUCCCUUUACCUUACCAUGACAAUGCUUUUGUUGCAUCUCGUGCUCUGCACAUUGUGAACACAUUGAAUACAUCUGCAACAUUCCCCUUGCUGGAGUGGUUCUUCGAGCAUCAGGAGAAAUUCGAUAAUGCUCAAACACUGAACUCAUCUAGAGCUUCUAUAACAGAUGAGAUAAUAAAGUCUGCAACAGAAGUAGUUGGGAGCUCUUAUUGUAAUGCCGUUAAUGAUGGCUUCAGUGACGGAAAAACUGAUGUUCAAACCAGAGUUUCUUUUAAGUAUGCUACAUUGAGAGGGGUGUAUGGAACGCCUUUUUUCUAUGUCAACGGAUUUUUAUUGCCUGGUUCUGGAGCUGCUAUUGACUACAAUACAUGGAUGAAGGUCAUUGACCCUUUGAUCGCUGCCAAUAAGAGCAUAAAAGAGAAAGGAAUCCCUUCACUUGUGAAAAAUGCAGGUCUAUGAAGUUUAGUUGCAUUAGCACUUAACCUGUAAAGGAACCAAAAUAAUGUCUAUGCUUACUGAUAGGUGCCAAUGCCUAUAAUGGAAAUAAAUUUAAUAUAAACGUUCCUUUAUAUUUAUACGUGGGUUGGAUAUAUUGGUCAUUUAAACGUUCCUUUGUCCGCCCCUAUUAGCGAGAACGGGGUGAUGAUGCGGUGAGCAAGUAGGGAAAAAUAUGACUAACUAUCUCAAGAAAUUAUAAUAUCAAGUAUCAAUUUACAUGGUUAAUUAUUA